CCAUUGAAAUCUCUUGUUUCUCAUGGCUGCGAACUUUAUAUAGCCCAUUUAAACGCAUUGCACGGCGCCCAAAACAAGAGAAGAGAUCCCGAACGCCUCGGAAAAAAGAAAACAUUGGGGAAGGAAAUCCUCAUCACUCCGGACGUUACAGUAGUUUGGAUGCGAUCCUCCAAGUUGAAGGAGAGAGUACAGUGCUGUAUUCUUGCAGCAGAAACGGGAGAACCGCACUAAUAGAAACGAACUGACUAGGCUCCUACUCACUGGGAAUUGGUAGAUUAUUCCGUAUUUUUAUUCCGGCAGUUUGGUAGGAACAGUGCGUAUCCAGCAAUGAUCUUGGAACGAUUUCAUCAUAGUGUUCAAUUCUGAACUUUUCUCAACCUGGUGUCAACGUAUUCUAAAGCAGAAAACGAAGCAUUCAAGGAACAUACUGUGAAUUAAUUUUAAAAGGGAGUUUUUAAGAUGCCUGACCAGAUUACAGUGUCGGAAUUCGUGGCAGAGACUAAUGAAGAUUAUAAAGCACCCACUGCCUCAAACUUCACCACCCGUAUGUCUCACUGUAGAAACACAGUGGCUGGUUUGGAAGAGGCACUGGACGUAGACCGCAGCGUCCUGUACAAGAUGAAGAAGUCAGUGAAGGCCAUCUAUACCUCUGGUCUGGCACAUGUGGAGAAUGAAGAACAGUACACCCAGGCGCUGGAGAAGUUUGGGGAGAACUGUGUCUACAGGGACGAUCCUGACCUGGGCUCGGCCUUCCUCAAGUUCUCCGUCUUCACGAAAGAGCUUACAGCCCUCUUCAAGAACCUGUUUCAGAAUAUGAACAACAUCAUCACCUUCCCGCUCGAUAGCCUGCUGAAAGGUGAUCUGAAGGGAGUCAAAGGGGAUCUGAAAAAGCCUUUCGAUAAGGCCUGGAAAGAUUACGAGACGAAAGUACAAAGAGAGAUGAAGUACUUUACCUCAAACACUUCUCUGGCCCCUGCCGCGCUAAACUGCACUAAGAUCGAGAAGGAGAAGAAGGAGCACGCGCGGCAGCACGGGAUGAUCCGCACGGAGAUCAGCGGCGCCGAAAUCGCAGAGGAGAUGGAGAAGGAGAGACGCUUCUUCCAGCUCCAGAUGUGCGAGUACCUCCUCAAAGUGAACGAAAUCAAAGUGAAGAAGGGUGUGGACCUGUUGCAGAACCUCAUCAAGUACUUCCAUGCCCAGUGCAACUUCUUCCAGGACGGGCUGAAGGCCGUCGACAACCUCAAACCCUCGAUAGAGAAACUGGCCACGGACUUGCACACGAUAAAACAGGCCCAGGAUGAGGAGAGGAAACAGCUGACCCAGUUACGCGAUGUUCUGAAAUCAGCGCUGCAGGUUGAGCAGAAAGAGGAUUCCCAGGUGCGACAGAGCGCCACCUAUAGUCUACAUCAACCCCAGGGCAACAAAGAGCAUGGCACUGAACGCAGCGGUAACCUGUACAAGAAGAGUGACGGGCUGAGGAAGGUGUGGCAGAAGAGGAAGUGUUCUGUGAAGAACGGAUACCUGACCAUCUCUCACGGAACGGCCAACAGACCCCCAGCGAAGCUCAACCUGCUCACCUGUCAGGUGAAGCACAACCCGGAGGAGAAGAAGAGCUUCGACCUGAUUUCACACGACAGAACGUAUCACUUUCAAGCUGAGGACGAGCCAGAAUGUCAGAUAUGGAUUUCCGUGCUACAGAACAGCAAGGAGGAAGCGCUGAACAACGCGUUCAAGGGCGACCAGCACGUGGGCGAGAACAACAUUGUGCAGGAGCUGACCAAGGCCAUCCUGGCCGAGGUGAAGCGCAUGAGCGGCAACGACGUGUGCUGUGACUGCGGGGCGCCCGGCCCCACUUGGCUCUCGACAAACCUGGGAAUCCUGACCUGCAUUGAAUGUUCCGGAAUCCACCGUGAGCUGGGCGUGCACUACUCCCGCAUACAGUCCCUCACGCUGGACGUCCUCGGAACGUCCGAGCUCUUGUUGGCUAAGAACGUGGGGAAUGCAGGCUUCAACGAGAUCAUGGAGGCCUGUUUGCCAGCAGAAGACCCAGUUAAGCCCAACCCCACGAGUGACAUGCAGGCACGGAAGGACUUCAUCACAGCCAAGUACACGGAGCGGCGGUUCGCCCGGAAGAAGUGUCCGGACACCGCGUCAAAGCUGCAUACGCUCUGCGACGCGGUCAAAGCCCGCGACAUAUUCUCUCUUGUCCAGGUGUACGCUGAGGGCAUGGACCUGAUGGAGCCCAUCCCCCUGGCCAAUGGACAUGAGCAGGGAGAGACAGCGCUUCACCUGGCUGUCCGGCUGGUGGACCGGACCUCUCUCCACAUCGUGGACUUCCUGACCCAGAACAGUGUGAACCUGGACAGGCAGACGUCGAAAGGGAGCACAGCGCUGCACUACUGCUGCCUGACGGACAACAGCGAGUGCCUGAAGCUGCUGCUGAGAGGGAAGGCCACCAUAGAGAUCGCGAACGAAGCGGGCGAGACGCCGCUGGACAUCGCCCGGCGACUGAAGCACCUGCAGUGCGAGGAACUGCUCAACCAGGCUCUGGCGGGGAAGUUCAACGCCCACGUGCACGUGGAGUACGAGUGGCGGCUGCACCACGAGGACCUGGAUGAGAGCGAUGAGGACCUGGAUGAGAAGCCCAGUCCCCACCGGCGGGACGAACGACCGGUCAGCUGUUACACGCCGGGCAGCAGCCCCGCCCAGCCUAGCCCCGCCUCCCUCGCCCGAGACGCCGCCAGCCUGGUGAAGGACAAGCAGCGAUCCUUCGUGCCCAACCUGGUCAACAACGAGACCUACGGCACCAUCCUCAUGGGCAAUCCCCCGCCCCCCGGCCAACCAGGGCUCCCCGUCACCACCACGGCCCCCCCACUGCCCCCACGCAACAUCGCCAAAGUCCAGAUGUCGGGCGUGGGCGGGGGUGUGCAGACCAGCGGCUCCAGCCUGUGGAAGCCUGGCCCCUUGGACAUGGCGGGCAGACAGAGGUCCUCCUCUGACCCCCCCAACAUGCACCCGCCCGUACCGCCAAUGCGCGUCACCUCCACGUCCAUUCUGGCAGCUGCCCCCCCGCCCCCCGUGGCGAAGACGGUGAGCGUGAUGGAGGCCAUGAACAUGCAGUCGAAAGCAGGGCCGCCACCCGUCUCAAACAAGUCGUCCCCGCCUUCGCUACCUGGACAGGGCCCCGGCAGGCUCCCGCUGCAGAAGUCCCCCGCCGGCACAGAGAAACCCUUCAGCAAAGGCCCACCCGUUCAGUCUGGGUCGGUUGAAAGACCAGCAAAGGAAGUUCCUGGAGGCCCUCACAACUCUAUAGGCCAGUUUCCACCCCCUGCCCCGAUGCCCCGGAAGUCCUGCUCUAAACACAAGCCGAAAAGAGUGAAGGCCAUCUAUAAUUGUGUAGCGGAUAACCCUGAUGAGCUUACCUUCUCUGAGGGAGAGGUGAUCGUGGUGGAUGGGGAGGAGGACCAGGAGUGGUGGCUGGGUCACAUCGACGGUGAGCCAAUGAGGAGGGGUGCAUUCCCAGUGACGUUUGUGCACUUCAUCCUGGACUGACGGGUGCAUCCCCCCCCCCCCUCCCCCAGUAUGGGUGACUUGGAUCAAGUGACCUAUCAACGGACACCCUGGGAACGUCGUGCCAUGACGCCCUUCCCAAAGCCACGCCCCUGGAACUCAUGGGAACAUGUUUUUUAAAAAGUCUGAAUCGGAGAAGAGAAAAAAAAAAAACAGUGAUUGUAGACAGUGAGUCCUUGCAAUAAAUGCACUUUUUCACUCGGUUAAUUUAUUCAGCGGUCGCGACAUUAAGUUGCUGUCAAAAAAAGAAAAGAAAAAGAAAGUUCUUUUCAAGGUAUUCCAUUUGAUUCAAGCAAGAUUUGAUUCAAGAGUUCAACUGUGACACAAGUGAAUGAAGACUGUACAGGAAAUUAUUUUGCUGCAGCAUAAAAUACGUAUGUAUAUGUGUGUGGGAAUUCUCUAAAUGUAAGUAAAUAUAUAAAUUUUUUCUAAUACUGUUCAGUGCAUGGUUAUAGGCAAACUGUUCAAAACAAGGACAUUGAACUGUGUAGGACUCUUUCAAAUGGUGCUAACCUAUCAGUCUGCUGUCCUAAUAUCUGUCCCCCUGAGGGCGCUCUGCUGACCCUGUUUUCCGCCAGUCUCUGACAAUAGGUACAUAAAUAGCCCAUUGCCUGCUUCCACUGAUCACACCUGGGAGGUGUGUGUGUGUGUGUGUGUGUGUGUGUGUGUGUGUGUGUGUGUGUGUAUGUGUGUGUAUGUGUGUGUGCUAAUGAGUGAAAGAGACGGGAAGUUUCAAAGCUCAUUCAGAAGAAAGUAUCACCCCCUGUCGGUAGAAAGCUAGCUUUAGCUUAGUUAAGACCACUCUGUACGCGCACUCCAGCAUUGAACACAUCACGGAACACAGAAUUUGAAACACAGGGUAGGUGCUUUGCUUUAGAGCACAUUACAGCUGUGGACAAUACAAACCCAGCUCUCCGGUCCUGAACCACAAUGAUCAGGUUUCCACGGAGAAGGGAGCAAAAAUUUGGCAGAGCAGUAUGUGCAUACAUGUGCACAUGAAUGUGUGUAUGUACAAAGUGUCAGGACUUCAUUGUAUAGUUGUGUUUCAGGGCUGCGGUUUGCAUUAAGUGGCACUUUAACAAGAAAAACAACUGAAUGUAGAUGUUCUCAAUACAACAACCAAACAAGCCCUGUGCAACGACUGUGACUACAGGUCUAAGCUUUUUCACCCUCUAGUGGUAGAAUGUUGUUACUGCCAUGCAGUGCUAUAGGAGCCAUUGCUGAUAUUCGCGCUUCUUGGCCUUCCUCCUUUGGUCCAAGCAAAAGUGUUUGGAUCAAAGUUGGACAUCUGUGAUGAUAUUUCAGCUGUACAUGCUGCUUUGUGGAUAACGGCACCUGUCUGUGAUUCUGUGUGUAGCACUCUUAUUACUGUAGACCAGACAGAAAGUCCAUAUUAAAGGAACCCACCCGUCCCCAUACCUAUCCCUAUUGCUGCCCCUAUUCCAUAAACUCCACUCCCAAUCACAUUCUACACCUCCAAUCCACAAAACCCACUCAUCAUCCACACAGCCCACUCCCACCAAACAUCUCCCGCUCCUAACUCCAUAAUUCCUACUGCCAUUCCACACUCACUACCCCCUAUUCCAGCCCCAAUGUAUACAUCCCUCUCCUAAACCCUCUCAAUACCACCCACUCCUCGCCCUCCCUGACUCCCAGCCCAAGGGAGCAUUUCACAUGCAGCUAUGAUCGUAUUUUAGUUUACUGUAAAAGAGAAUUUUAUGUAAUUAAUUUGAUUUUGGUUGCAGAGCAACUCUUUCUAUAUAUAGUGUAACAUUUAAUCUUAAAUGAAAUAUACCCUUGAUUGAGUAUGGAUUACAAGUAAACCCAGACUGCUGGGGAGGUGUGUAAUUAUAACUGUCUGUUCUACAAUUUUCUUUACCUGUUAACUCACUGGAAACGAGUCUGUUACUGUAAAUAUUAUUUCCAUAUUUAAAUGUACAAAUUAGCCUUCAGAGUAAAAGCUGUCCUUAGCUGCACUGUGGUGAUUAGCCUGUCCAGUUUUCUCCCCUCUGCACACCGCGAGCUGAGGAGGAACAAGCUGUUUGGAUCACCUUCCUGGUUCUUCUGCUUCAUUGCACUGGCAUACAGAUCCACUGCAUUGACUCAGAGAACACUACAUUGACUUGCAGAACAGAUUUUUACGUUCGUCUUAACUGGGAAGCAAACUGGAAAACAACUAAAAAUAAAACGAUGAAACACUA